GCUGCCGAUGUGAAACUGUAAACAAAGUGUACAUCGAAGUCCAGUAAUUCAAAAAUGAUUGUCAGUUGCGUUUCAAGUGCUCAACAUGAACCACUUCAAAGAGGAGUUCUCCUAUUUGUUGCUUCGCUACGCAUCCGCGGAAGCGACGAAUAACAACAACGUGCCGGAAACUUGCACGCCGCUAACGAAUCUACAAAUUCUCGAUGGGGUCAAGGAAGUGCUUCGCAAAACGCUCAACAUAGAUUUGCAGCAUGUCGAACCAUCGACGAUGAAAACACCGGUGAACGAAAUCGUCGUUACGACUCCCGAUGCCCCGGACGUCCUGCGAAUGGAUUACAAUCAGACCAACGUACUGCAUAAUAAAUUCAAGUCGUUGGACUCUGCAACGGAAGAAAAGAACUCAUUUGAUUUUGACAACUUCAAAUCGACUAGCUUCAUCCACACGCCAACUGAAAUCGGAACGCCUUCGAUCGACAAGCCUUUUCUCGAACUGGGCAUCAACAAAAAUCUGGAAAGUCUUGAGCAAAAGUUCAAGGAAAUACCCAAGUUCGACACGGCUAAAAACAUGACGAUGUACAGCAUGGUAGAAGACGCUCACAAGAACGUGAUGAAGGUCGUUCACAAGUUAGAGGAUCUAAGAGAGCUCCUGUUGCCCGAGGCGCGACCGAUCCGCCGUCUUUCGGCAAUCAUGAACCUGCCCAAAUCGCAGCAGCAGAGUUCAUCCUCGGCCUCGAACAACCUGCGCACGACCCAGCGUGCCAAAGCUCUCACGCGCCGCUCGAUGGGCCAGCUGAACGAGGAACUCUCGGUGACGCCGACCUCCUCGAGACCGAGCCUAGUCAUGCCGCCGUCAUCUCUGCAGGGAAAGAAGGCAUCAGCGGGUACUGGUGUGAGCAAGCUCAGCCAGCAAACUCGCUCGGUUAGUACUUUAUCGCUGCUGACGGACACGAAUAAAUCAGCUGGGAGCGGCGUCUCGACCUCGAAAUCGCCCUCCAAGAAAAACUCAAAAUACGCGCACGUGCAGAGCACCAUACCGAAGCCGACGAGUUCGGCCGUUAAGCGAAAGGUUUAGCAAGAAGCUGCGCUGUGGAAAAUUGCCCUCAAGUGCGCAGUCGUGAGCGGCCUUAUUUUCCUUUUACGUAUGUGAGUACGGGCUGGGCCCUCGGAAUCCCGUGAAUUUCGAGUGCUUUCCCCGAGUGUAAUUGCCAGAGAUUGGCUAAUAUUUUUAUUGCUUAAUGGAGAUUGGUUAAUUGCUUUUAUCGUGUGUUUUUUAUCGGCUACUGUCCACGCUAUAUAACUUUACUCGUUUACUUUUUAUCCUGCACUCGCGAGCAUCACACAUGAUAAUAUAUGUACAGUAUAAUAAACCUAAUACAGUUUCAAUGCAAUCAA